GUAAUUUAUUAUUCUAUAUAUACAAGGUUACCAUCCCAAGAAGGCCCUCAUUCAUCAGACAAUAACCACCACCUGAAGAUGAUGAAAGGCGGCUCUGCCCAAAGGCUACAAGGUAAGGUUGCCGUAAUUACUGGUGGAGCUAGCGGCAUUGGCGAGACUACUACAAGGCUUUUUGUAAGACAUGGUGCAAAAGUGAUUGUUGCCGAUGUCCAAGAUGACCUUGGGCACUCCCUUUGUGCAGACAUUAACUCACAGGAAUCGGUUUCCUUCGUUCAUUGUGAUGUUACCAAUGAAUCCGACAUCCAAAAUGCUGUAGACAUCGCUAUCACGAAGCAUGGCAAGCUUGACAUAAUGUUCAACAAUGCUGGUGCUAGCAUUCCUGGAAAAUGUGAUAUGAGAAUCAUUGAAGCGGAUGGUGAAGAUUUCAAGAGGGUGUUCGAUGUGAAUGUCUUUGGCGCUUUCUUGGGAGCCAAACACGCUGCUCGGGUUAUGAUUCCGGCCAAGAAAGGCACCAUUUUGUUCACUUCAAGCAUAUCUUCUGUGAUUUCUGGUUGUUUGGCGGCACAUGCCUACACGGCUUCAAAACAUGCCAUUGUAGGCCUUACUAAGAACUUGUGUGUCGAGUUGGGCCAGUAUGGGAUUAGAGUCAAUUGCAUCUCUCCUUUUGCUGUGGCCACUCCAAUGAUGUUAAACAAUAUGGCAUGUGGAUGGGAGAAGCAGAAGGCAGAGGCGGUGUUUUCCGAGACAGCGAAUUUAAAGGAGGCGAUGCUCGAGAGUGAAGAUGUGGCAGAGGCAGCGUUGUACCUUGCAAGUGAUGAAUCCAAAUAUGUGAGCGGUUUGAACCUUGUGGUCGAUGGGGGAUACUGCACAACCAAUCCAACUUUUGGAGAGGCCAUGAAGAAAUUAUCAUCUUGAACCACUAUUGCAUCAAAAUGCAUAAUAAAUGAACUCCUAUUUGUGCUUUUUGUUUUCCUAAAACGAAUGAUUUUGUAACUCAAUUAUGAUUAUCAAGAUCAAAUGAUAGAGUGGCAUGGCAUUUUACCCAAUUGACUGAUCAAUGAUAUUAAAAUUGUGAUUUAAUUUUA